AUGACAGCUUAUGGAUGGUUGGCCACAGAUGUCGUAGGAAGUUGGUGUUUGAUAGACUUCCUGGGAAGUCGCUCCGGGCUGUAUGGGGCAAGAUGGGGCUGUGGACUGACUGGUACUGUUACUCGGCGGUCACGACGAGGCCAGGCCAAGGAGAGACGAAGGCUCGAAAGGCUUCUCCCACCCGUGCGUCACUGCAUGAGGCGAGCAAGAUUUUGCCGCCGGGCACGGAGAUCCACAUCGGAGGUCCGAGACGGAUGCCCCACUAAGCCCCCUCUCCGUGCCCCACCUCCGGCUCCGGGAACUCCCCUCCCCACCGAGCCCCCUGAGGACCACGAGGAGAACGCCAAUGGGGGGACCAAUGGGGGGAGCGCCACCGAUUCCGUUGAGAAGCCUGUCGAGAAAUGGAGAACGACUACGAACGACGGGGUCGACGAGCAGACGCAAGGGCCGAACCGGCAACACGCUCUCGAAAAAGCGAACGAGGAUGAGGCAGACGUACCUAGCCUUGUGUCGGCAGUCUUGAGCAGGGCCGCGAUCAAGCGAUUCGUCGAGGCUGUGGAACACUCAAAAAGGCCACGGGCAGAGCGAGCUCAAUAUUUCUCGACCUACCUCACGACUACGUUCCUUGUGGACCCCAAGGCCCGCCCUGGCCAGCCGGAAUCCGAUCCGACGAACGGACGGGCCGUCCCGACAAGAACUGGACAAGCACAGGCCCAGUCCCAGCCAAACCCGCAGCCACACGCGAACUGUCGCAGGGUAGCCGGAGUGUCUGGUGGCUCCCCAGUUCGUGGGCAAGCACAGUGUGAUUACACCAGUAGCUCAGCACCGAGGCAAGGAAGCGCCACCGUUAACAUUAGGCAUUGGACGAAGGCUCUGUGUAUCAGCUAG